AUAAAGCUAAUGAACUCCAUCGGUCCCCAUAAUUAAGAUUGGGCACCACAAAAUGGCGUUUUCGAACAAAUUUUGUUAUGUUCUCCACAAAUCUCCCAUGGCUGAUAACUUCAUUUUUAGCCUGUAUUACCGAUGGACAGUUUUAUUGCUCAUCACUUUCAGCUUCAUUAUAACUUGCAGACUUGUGCUUGGAAAUUCGUUUUCCUGUUCUGGAGGCGAAAAGAACAUGGUGGAAACUCACUGCUAUGAGGGUAAUGUUUUUACAAGCGAUUAUAAAAAAGAGCGAUACUACAGCUAUUAUCCUUGGGUGAACUUAGUACUUCUGGUCCAAGCAUUCAACUGCUACUUACCGCACUUGCUGUGGAGAUCUUACGAAGGAGGAUAUGUUCGUAGAUUGAGCUCUGGAGUGGAAAAGUUCUUUGACAAGGAGGAAAGACGCGGACUGGAACUAUGUUACUUGGCAAAGUACAUUUUAGUCACGGAAGGCAAACACAAGCUGUAUACAGUCAUGUACAUCUUUUUUGAAGCCUGUAACUACGCAUGUUCCCUCGCUCAAACGAUAUGGUUGGUGGUGUUCUUCGAUGUAACUGGAGUUCCAGAUUCUUAUUUAGGGAAGAUAAAGACUUGGGCCGAUUUCAGGGAUUUCUAUUUUCCUUCUGUUGGUACAUGCAAAAUCUAUUCGUCUGAAAGGGAAAAUAUCGUUUGUCUUCUACCACUGAACAAAAUGUACAUGAUAAUGUUCUUGUUUCUUCAUGCGUGGUAUAUAUUCAUUACUAUACUUAGUGGCAUGGUUCUUAUUUAUCGAAUCGCUCUACUUAUUCCUUCAUUCAGAGCGUGUGCUAUGCGAUUCUCGGCUCCUCUAGUGGAACGAUCCAUCUUAAAAUCCCUCUGUUAUCGCCUGUCGUAUAGCGAUUGGUUUUUCCUGACCAGGUUGCAUAAAGCAAUGGCCGAUGUUGAUUUCGCUCAAAUGAUUGACAAGAUCGCUGUUAUUUCACAGUGCAAAUCGAUUGAAGAUCACAAAGAAGAGGAUCAAAUAUCUUCGUUCUGUGACGAUGGACACAAAGAUAUUAACUGCCCAUCUGCUACUUCACCAUUGUGACUGAACCAGCAAUGAAAUGAUAAACGUUCGUGUGAAAUUUCAUAAACGUUCUGUGUCGCCUCAAAAUUUCAGGGACGGUUUGAAACCGAGUUUUAUGUACUGAAUAUUGACAUAAAGAGCAAUACGCCAUUGGCAGGUAAAGGGCAGUAUCUACAGAAGUGAAUUUUCGAGACUUUUGGAGAACUGUUUUUGAUUUCCCCCAAUUACCAGCGAAACAAAGUUGAAAUUUUAAGUUCUUUUCAUGCUUUAUUUUCAGCGGCAAUAAAUAAGAAUUUUUAUACUUGAAAACUGAAGUAAGAUACAGAACAAAAAUGCGAAAAUAUGACAAUCGAAAAACUUGUAGAUAUUGCUGUUAACCUGCCAAGGGCAGAAUAACUUUUUUCGAGGGAUUUUGUUUUCUGAGCAAUGCACAGUUGAAAUGAAUCACAGUUGAAACGGAGGGGUCACAAACUGAAAUAGCAGCUCCGUUUGGGCUGCUGUAUUUUGAGAUAUGUUUCAUCAUCAGCAUGUUAUUGAUCGUUUGGAUUCGAUCCUUCAGUUUAUGGUUCUUACUCUCCUUUAUAAAAAGAAAAAAAAAGUUUUGU